AUGAUUCCCCGGCUUUCUUCUUUCAGCCUCGCUGCCAUAACUCUCCCCUCCAUCAUCCUGGCUGCGUCUAAGAACACUGGCCCAUCGUCCGAAGACAGUCGUCUCACAGCUGCUCAGAUUUGCGAUCCUGCUGUGGCCGUACCCCAGAGUUACGAUGAUAUGCUGCCAUGUGCCAAGGCAAGACACAUCGAAGAGUUCCUUUGCCGUCCUAACGGCACCAAACCUACAGAGCUCGAGAGCCACGCCCAGUGCAUGUGCAAUGGCGACUUCUUCGGCGAGAAGCUGGCUUGCGACACCUGCACGAGGGAUAAUGGUGGUAUUGAUACUCUAGAGCUGGCUCUCUACGACAAUCUCCUGCACGACGCCUACGAUCAACUUUGUUUGGCUACGGCUGCCCCAACCGCCCCUUUCGCUUCUAUCUAG